AUGAAGAACCAUGCAAGAAGCCAUCGAUGCAUAGACCCGGACCGGGAGGGGACCUUCGAGGCCACUGAAUCCAACUCCCUCGUUUUAAAGUGGUUCCGAGAUUUAGAGAAACGACGCACAAGUAGUCCCCAGGUCAAUAGAGACCUCACCAGAACCAUAAAGAAGUCCAGUUUUGUGAUUAGACCCAAGAACAGCAGAGACAGCAUCACUGGGCAGGAGGAGGAACUGAAUCCUGGUCAGCCCAGUAUCCCAUCCCAAGAGUUCCAGUUCCUCUUCCACCUCCCUGCAUCACUGAAGAUAUCGUCCAGGAGACAGACAUGUUCAUACAAUUUGAGUCUUUCAUGUUUUCACCUUUCAGUUCACUCUCUGGGGCCCAGGAAUCCCAGCCCCGGGAGGGACCUGCCUAUCAACUUUAACCAUUAUGCCACAAAGAAGAGUGUUUCAGAGAGCAUGCUGGAUGUGGCCCUCUUCAUGUCCAAUGCCACUCGACUGAAGGCUGUUCUGGAACAGGAACCAUUCUCUCCCUACUACACAGUCCUCGUCACCCUCCUCAGCAUCUCUCUCCUCUUGCAGGUGGUCAUUGGGAUACUCCUCAUCAUAACUGCUCGAAUGAAUUUGAAUGAGGUGUCAAAGCAACAGAGGCUGAACCAGCUCAACAACUCCACCAUGGCCACGGUCUUCAUAACUGUCAUUAUCAAUAUUUUCAUCACAGCUUUUGGGGUACAGAAGGCGGGGCAAUCCUGGCCCACACCCAAGCCCUACUGAAUCCAGCCUGGGGCCCAGCUGAGGGUCCUGGAGCUCUUUGUGCUUCCCUUCCCUUUGACUUCUGCCAGCCUUGAGGACCUCAGCCCAGCUCAGCAGGCCUUCCCCCCAGUACCUGGGAAAGCUCCCUACAUGCUAGUGCUAGUCCCCAAACUCAAAUCCUAUCAUGCAUUUGGUUCCAUUGAUCAAAGUGAAUUCCGUAUUGGUGGCUGUAGAUGUCCUAAUGUCCAGACAUUGUCAACCUUCCCGGUAUGUUUCUUCAAAUCCAAGACUCUGCCACAAAGUGCAUGACUCUGGGCUAAUUGUUUCCAGGUCAGCCCAUUUCCCUUUCCCUAUUCCAUACCCAUUUCCU